UUGCUUAUUUCAACACUUCCUUCAAUUCGUAAAAAAUGAUGACACAAAGAAAAAUUUUCGCUGGCAUCUUUGUUUCGACUUUGCUGUGCUUGUGGAUGGUGUCCUUUGCUGAGGGUGCUCCAAUGCCAAGGUACCAAAACAAUGGCUAUUACAAUGAGCUCGAAGAAGUACCGGAUGAUAUCCUAAUGGAAUUAAUGGCACGCUUUGGACAAACUAUAAUGAGAGCACGCAAUGAUUUAGAGAAUUCAAAACGUACCGUCGACUUCGGUUUAGCUCGUGGAUAUUCUGGAACACAAGAAGCAAAACAUCGUAUGGGUUUAGCUGCUGCUAAUUUCCCCGGUGGUCCAGGUAGAAGGCGUCGCUCGGAAACAGACGUUUAAAUAACUUCAAAACCAUGUCCCAACAACCGUGUCCAACACCAAGCCUGAAAACGUUAUACCCCAGCCCAAGAAUAAGACAUAAACGAAACCGAAAUCAUGUUUGUUCGGAACAAGGAUUAAAAAAAUCAGCACAACGCAUCAUUCAAAUACAAUUGGAAUGCUGUCCAAAAUUAUAUU